AUGAGUACCUUGAACCACACUGGUAUUAGUUACACAUUUUUCCACUUGCUGGGCAUCCCCGGCCUAGAGGAAAAGCACUGGGUUUCCAUCUCUUUCUUCAUUUCCUACGUCAUGGCCCUGCCUGGGAACAGCCUGUUCAUCUUCAUUAUCCUCACGAGGAGCAGCCUCCAAGAACCCAUGGACCUUUUCUUCUGCAUGCUGGCCGGAACAGAUGGCACAGUACCUCAGGCCUUGAGCGUCUUCUGGUUCCAUUCUGGGGAGAUAUCCCUGGAUCGCUGCACCACUCAGGUAUUCUUCCUCACUUCCAUGUUCAUGUCUGAGUCAGGGAUCCUGCUGGCAAUGGCGUUUGAGCACUACAUUGCCAUAUGCUACACCACUAUUCUUACACACAUGUCGAUUGGGAAAAUUGGUGUGACCAUUGUUCUGAGGAGUUGUUGUAUAGUAGUCCCCAUGAUAGUUCUUCUGAAAAGACUGACCUUUUGCAAAAGUAAUAUUCUUCCACUCACUAUAUGUGAGCACAUUGGAUUGGCCAAAUUUUCCUGUGAUGACAUACAAGUAAAUAUCUGUUAUGGAAUUUUUGUCCUACUGUCAACAGUGAUUUUAGAUGUUUUUCUAAUUAUUGUGUCAUAUAUGCUUAUUCUUUGUGCUGUCUUCUGCAUCCCUUCCCAAGACGCUCGCCACAAAACUCUCAACACAUGUGGCUCCCAUGUCUGUGUCUUCAUCUUCUUUUAUGGGCCUGGGAUCUUCUCAGCCCUCACUCAGCAGUUUGAAUGCCACAUCUCACCCCAUGUCCACAUCCUGCUGGCCAGUGUCUGCAUUGUGGCUCCUCCUAUGCUAAAUCUCAUCAUUUAUGAGAGCAAGACCAAACAGAUCAGGGAACAGGUGAUUCAUGUCUUGUUUCCAAAAGAGAUAUGA